UCACUGCUACUACUAUCACUAUUAUAUAUGCGCUACUCGAUUAUACGAAUUAAAAUACUUGUUUUAUUUAAUCUGUGAAUGGUCAAGGACCAAUAAGUUAUCUACACUAGUUAAGCUGAAUAUGACGUACCUUGAAAUACUUCAAUGGUGUUUUUUAUAAUAUUAAUAAAAUUGUAAAUUAAGUUACACUGUGUUAAUUUUAUAUUUUUCAUGUUCAUCUUCUCUGUUAUGAUCCCAUUAAAUUAUUAUUUUGUAAAAUUAUUGUCAAUUUAGAAAACCAAAAAUGAAAAAUUAUAUGCAUUAACAAAAAAAUGGUUCUUACAAUUUCUUUAAUACAUGUCUUUCAGCAACCAUUUCAAACUGUUAAAAUGCAUUACAACCAAAUAAGAACAAAAGAUGAAGUUGUAAAAAUUUCAGAACUUAUUGAUGAACACAUAGAUGAGCAUGGAUUUGAAUAUACAAAACAUAGACUUGUAUGUAAUAAUAUAAUUCCUCAAGUUUUACGUAGAGAUAAUUCAUUACAUGUACCGGAAUUCAUUAUUGAGGAAGAAUGCUGGUAUGACGAAAAAGGUCAAAAGUUUUGGGCUAGAACAAGAAAUUUAAGUUGGUCAGAUAUUGCAACCUUAUCCAAUAUAAUUACGCUAUCAAUGACACCAAAUCCAAAAUGGACUAAAUAUGAGAUUGAUGGUAUAACAGAUUUUUUUGGUACACAACCUCAUGGAGUUGGUUAUGCUGUAGAAUACUUUUUAAAAAAUUAUAUAGAAAAAAAACUAUCAGAGCAUAUUAAAAUAGUAGAGCAUGAAUGUGAAAAAACUGAAAAAAAUAAUUUAAAACAAUAAAAAAAUAUAUUUUUAA